CGCCUCUCUUCCCUCCCCCUGCCCUCUCCCCAGCUUCCCCCAACGCACCCAUUGCUCGGGGGAGAAUAACGAGGUGCGAAGGCCGCGGGGGCAACAUCCCGCUAGGCCGGGAGGGGGGCGGCCGAACCAGAUCCGGAGGCGUCCAUAAAGUGACAUCCCCGCCGAGACCCCCCGCUCGGCCCAGCGAGGACCAGGCCUGUCCAUCUUCAUCUCGGCCCCUGAGGUGGGGGCGACCCGGGAGGACUGAGCGCUCCCCCGCUGCCCAUCAGCCACCGCCAGCAUCUCCGGGCUGCGACCUCCCCUUCUCCCCGCGGAGCCCUGUCCCACCAUGGCCUGCGUAUGUGGCCUCCUCACCAGCUCCAAGGAGCCCGUGCCCCUCAAGAGCAUCUCCGUGGCCGUGGCCAUCCGGAGCUUCGUGGCGGACGUGACGGUGACGCUGUGCUAUAAGAACGAGGAGCAGAGCCCCGUGGAGUCGGUCUUCGUGUUCCCCGUGGACGAGAACUCGGCCGUGUACGGCUUCCAGGCCGAAGUGAACGGGAAGACCAUCGUGGCUGAGAUGCAGGAGAAGCAGCAGGCCCAGACGAACUACGAGGACGCGGUGGCCCAAGGCCAGGAAGCCUUCCUCCUGGAGCGGGACUCCAGCUCCGGGGACGUGUUCAGCUGCAGCGUGGGCCACCUGCCGCCCGGCCAGGAGGCGAAGCUCAGCAUGAGCUACGUGCAGGAGCUGCCGCUGGAGGCCGACGGGGCCGUGCGCUUCGUGCUCCCGGCCGUGCUCAACCCGCGUUACGUCCCCGCCGGGGCAGCCGAGGCCAGCAGCGUCACGUCUCGGGUCCCCCGGGCUGCCCGCGGCGAGCUGCCCUACACGCUGAGCGUGAGCGCCAACAUCCACUCCCCGUACGGCAUCGAGAAGGUCCAGUCCAACUGCACCCUGGGGCCCCUGGAGUAUCUCGGGCCGGACCGGACAGCGGCCCAGGUCUCACUGGCGGAAGGACAGCAGUUUGAGCGGGAUGUGGAGCUCCUGAUGUACUACAAGCAGGUGAACACGCCCAGCGUGUGCGUGGAGGCCGCUCAGCCCGGGGCCCAACCAGGCUCGCUGAUGGGGGAGACCACGGUGAUGGUGAGCUUCUACCCCAGCAUCCCCGACUCCAAGGAGCAGGCCUCGACCGGGGAGUUCAUCUUCGUCCUGGACCGCUCGGGGAGCAUGUCGUGCCCAGUGUCCGGCAAGCUCCGUUCCCCGAUGCGCAUAGACAGUGCCAAGGAGACGCUGCUUCUGCUGCUGAAGAGUCUGCCCCUCGGCUGCUUCUUCAACGUCUAUGGGUUCGGCUCCACGUUCGACUCCUUCUUCCCGGACAGUGUGGAGUACACGCAGCAGUCCAUGGAGGAGGCCGUGCAGAGGGUGAAGGCGCUGCAGGCUGACUUGGGGGGGACGGAAAUCCUAGCACCCCUGAAGAGCAUCUUCAGCAAAGCCUGCAAACCAGACCAUCCCCGGCAGCUCUACGUCUUCACGGACGGAGACGUGGGGAACACGGGGGAGGUGAUCGCUGAAGUCCGGAGCCACAGCCCGACUCACAGGUGCUUCUCCUUCGGCAUCGGGGAAGGAGCCUCCACCGCCCUCAUCAAGGGCAUCGCGCGGGUCACGGGGGGCAGCGCAGAGUUCAUCACGGGGAGCGACCGGAUGCAGCCCAAGGCUCUCCAGUCCCUGAAGCGCUCCCUGCAGCCCGCGGCGCAGAACAUCUCUCUGAACUGGACCCUGCCCCCCGGGCUGGAGCCGGUCCUGCUGUCCCCCGCCCCCAGUGUGAUCUUCGGGGGUCAGAGGUCAAUCGUCUACGCCCAGCUAACGGGGAAGCAGCAGCCAUCAGGGGGCACGGGCUCCGUGUGUCUCCAGUUCACGCUCAGGGGUGAGGCCUUCGAAAACACACUGCCGUUCACCCUGCAGCCCAACUCGGACUCCAGACUGACGGUUCACCGCCUGGCCGCCAAGGCCCGGCUCCAGACCCUGGACGCUGCCGGCCGCCGAGCCUCGGACGAGGAGAAGGCGAAGGUGGUGGCGGUCAGCAUCCAGUCCGGCGUGGUCUCCUCGCUCACGGCCUACGUGGCCAUCCACAAGGAGCUGGGCCGGCCCCUCCAGGGGCCCAUGGUGCGGAGGGAUGUGCCGCUGACAGGCAGCUUUGGAGCUAUGCCCCGCCUCGCAUCCUGCCCCGUGGGCCCGCCCCGCUUUGCAGGCUGCCCUAUGGCCUCUCCGCCCAUGAUGUCGAUGGUGGUGAUGGAUUGCGCCGAGAUGAAUUCCCCGAUGAGCCCCGCUCCCAACUACCAUGUCCAGGCCAACUCCCCUCAAUCCGCCCGAAACAUGAGAUGUGUCAGUCGGGCCAAGGCGGCCAGGAAGUCCACAGGAGCCCCUGCUCCUCAGGCUCCUGAGGAGGCCCCCCUUCUCCAGCUGGUUUCUCUCCAGAAGGCGGACGGCUCCUGGGCACUGGAUGGAGCUCUGGCCUCUGUCCUGGGAGUGAAGGAGCAGGAGGCGGCGACCUCGCUCCCCGGCCAGGGGGUGGAUGCCGCGGUCUGGGCCACCGUCCUGGCUGUGGUCUGGCUGCACAGCACCAGUGGGGACCAGAAGGAUGAGUGGGAGUUACUGGAAGGCAAGGCCGUGGCCUGGCUCCGUGCCAGAGCAGGGACCCACCUGGACGAGUGUCUCCGGGCUGCCAACGCCCUGCUGAAGGCAUCUGUGGCUCCUGCCGUCUUUGGCCUGUGAGGGGACGGAAGGACCCCGGGAUGCCUGCAGGUCUUCUUCAAUUGCCUCUUCUUUCCCUGCCCGGCCGCCCCCGGUGCCCCCCCGAACCCUGACCCCCAGCCUCCUGAUUGCCUCUGCUCCAAGGAGGGGGAAACCUGGGGCCCACCAACUGUCCUGUCCCCGACUCUGUCCCAUGCCCCUGCUCUCUCCCACUCCCUGGUGUGCCCCGUCCCUCAUCUUGCCCAGGCCCACCCUCCUGUCACUCUUGAAGGCCGGGAGAUGCCCCCAGGCGGGCUGUGUGGCCAACCUGUAAUCCCUGGGCUUCCCCGAACCCACCCCGAGCGAUUGGCUGGGCACUUUCAGGGGAUUUAGCAUGGAUGAAUGACAUAUGUAGAAAGGCAGCCAUCAGGAGGCACCUAGCGUGAAACACUCCAACCAACCCAACGUCCAGAUUCCCAUUAACACAAAGCUGAAGGAGAAGAGGACUAUGGGGAAUCCCUUUCAGCCCAACUGCCUGAUUUUCACUGGACCGGCCCUGAUUUCCUUUAGCUCCUGUGGGCCAGGACUAAUUUUCAGAGCCAGAUCAAGCUUGUGUUGCCUCCAAAUCAUGGUUUCGUUGGCUGCUUAUGAAAUAAAGAGCCUGCUCCUCUCGUUUGAGAUAGGGGAGGGGAAUUUGUUUAAUUGCACCACCAAGGGGAAGAUUUUCACUGCAGGAUGGUCAGGGGCUCUCUAGUGACCUGGAAAAGUUAAUAGAGCCAUCUCUGGGCCUGUCGUGAUUGUGGAAGAGGGCUGGAGCCCGAGAGCCUGUGAUUUCUGUUUUCGCUAGAGGAAAAUAUAAUUUAGGAGUUGAUCUAAAGUGCCUUUUAGUUAACAGAGAAAUCAGGGUGAAUGCUAGGUAAGUUUGGAGAAGGAUGCAUCCGCAGGUCGGGGGGGAAGCAAGAACAGGGAGGGAAGGCGUAGUGUCUGCGUGAGGCAUUUGUAAUUCGGUAAUGACCAUGUGCACCAGCCGGCUGCCGUUACUGGGAAGUUAACCAUCCAAACACCAUUAAUAAGGCCCACUGGAAUGCAAGAAAUAAUUUCUAGUUAUUCUCGACUCCCCCUGCAACCGAGCUCAUGGUUGGGGAAGAAAAGUCGAGGCAAAAGAAGCAGAAGUUAUAAUGAGCCUCGGAAGCUUGGAAGGAACUCUCCAAGUCCCUUGAGCCUUGAGCACGUUGGAGAUUAAUUUAAAAGUUUUCAGGUGGGGCCCUUGGAGAGCCUCCUCCAGGGUGAUGAAAGAGCCCAGAAGAGUGCCUUAGGGUUUAGCCCGAUGCUGAACCCCACUGGUAUCUUUGGGGAAAAGCCUCUUUCAAAUCCCUUUUAACCAUUUAGUCCCUUUGAUUUCUGCAAUAGGGUUUGCAGAAUGGGCUUGGAAAACCAAAGUGCCUCCUUACCGGGGCUUCCCUCUCUUCUGUCACUUUUUCAAAGUCCCGAGCAGGUUUCUUGAAGGGGAACAUCUGGGGUUCCAGCCCCAGGCUUGAGGGGACCACCACCCUGAGACGAGCCACGAUUUGGUUUUGACACUGAAUUUCUGAAAACCCAAAUAUGUUUCCGAUCCUCCUCCCUGUGACUUUCAGGAAACUCGAGCUUGCCAUCUGACAGAAAGAUGCCGAUGAUAUUUUGUCAUUUUUUUUUUUAUAUCAGGGAACUUAAGAUCCUUUCAAAUGUGUCUCUUGCUUGUCUUUCCUUACCUUGUUAGGACUUCCCCUGGCGUUAAUCAUUGUCUUGAUCUAUACAGAGUAAUAAAACAUUCCCUCAGUCGA